UUGUAACGCGCUAUCUGAUUGGCCAAAAACUGUUUGUAAGGUCACAUCUUUACUCACUAUGUUAACUCUGUUUCAUAAGUGAUCGAGAUAUUCAAUAGUGAACACAUGAUAUCGAAAUAAAGAAAUAUUUGGAAUAUAUACAUUGUGAUAAAUGAUAUCAUAAACGAGAUGUGCUGCUGAUCUAGAAUAAUUUCAAGGACGUUAAACAAAAGACUAUUAUUCAAAGAAGCUCGGAUUUUUAAAUGGCUCCAACGCAGAAUAUGACUGCAAUGAAUGGAGACAGUCACAUGAGUGAAAGAGCGUACGAAUACAUCCAGACAAUGAAUGCUAACAACGCGAACGUGGAACGUACAGAACGAAGUGACGUUAAAACUGCCAAGACAUUACAGAGUGUACUACGCGGGGAGGUUCCAACGGCUUACAUGCAUCUUGCCGUUCCUGCUAACGUGUGUUACUACCGGAACUCGGACAAUGUGACCGCUGGGAAUCGUGUGGUCAGACACUCUUAUAUCAAGUCGGGAAACGGGUUCCGACCGUACCCGAGUUCGUCACCGAAUCGCGCGCCAAUGUCUGUGCACCAGCGCGGUCAGGUCAACGACCUGGCACCGUCCCACCCGGGACGUUUUGACUCACAACCGGUGCACAACCAAGCCGCUAACACCAGUAUAUACAGUCACAUGUCACCGCAAUCCUACGAAGUUGACGCAUACCCAAUGGAGCGUGAAUCUCCAGUGUUAGAGAGUAGAUACUCACCAUUCCAGGAAUCCGGAUCGCCCUUCAUUGGUCACCACCCAUCGCCAUACUACGACCCCAACUCCCCCAACAGCGGGUACGGAUCGGGACGGGAGAGCGGAUCCCCGUACCUUUACCAGAGACACUCAUUGUCGCCAUACUCGCCCCAUCAGAGGGCCGCCGCCACGCCCUCCCCACAUAACUCUCAGGGAUCGCCAUACUCAAACCCCAGGGAUAUGACGACGCCCCCCGUCCGGCACUCUUCAGACACAAGCAUCUCAUCGCCAAUUCAUGACGACGCCGACGCCGCCGACCAACCAAUUGAUCUCUCAAAGAAACCUGCAAAGCAAUCAAGCGAAUCGCGUCCAUGCAUUUUGGAAGUUAUGAACGUUUCUAAAGGAUCUCUUUUACGUAAUUUAUUGACCCCCGGUGCCCGUGGUAUGACCUCCUUUGAUAAACAGGAUUCAGGCCGGGACACACCGGAUUCAGAGUGUUAUAAACCGGAAGUGCCAAUCACCGGUUCCACUCGAGUGACUCUCGCUAAGAAAAUGGUUUACCCAAUUACCUCAAGAGUUUCGGACUGGCUCUUAAAAAUAGUUCAAUUCUCUAAAUCUAUACCGGAAUUUGCUACUAUGUCACAAAACGACAAAUUGACUUUAUUGAUUAACGCUUGGACGCGCAUGUUACUAUUCCUGAUGGCAGAGAAUGACUCUGUGUUCGCGGUGACGCCCUUACGCGCCGACAGCGACCCCGGGGCGGCGCCGUCAAAGCCAUCCCCGGAUGAGCCGACCAUGAAAUCCGUGGAUGGAGUCCAGAACUUCAUGCGGAAAUGUAGAAACCUUGCCAUGGACCAAAAGGAGUAUGCCCUACUCAGAAUGGCCGUUCUGUUCAAUACUGCCACUCCCGGCCUCGAGGACAUGAACCUUGUGGAGAAACUGAACUCCGCCGUGCAGCAACUUCUGCAGCAGCACGUGAGCGUCACGAGGCCAAAUGACGUCAUGCGACAUUCCAAAAUUCUCAUGCUUCUGCCAUCGUUGUAUGGAAUCAACUGCAAAAUGGUGGAAAACUUGUUUUGUAAACGUAUAAACACGGACAUGGAGGUUUUAUUGAAGGAAAUGUUGCAAGAAUUGUAGCAAUAGCCGUGUUUAGUGUAUUCUCAUGCGUGAUUGGUGACCAAGUUAACGUCAAUAUGCGCGCGCAAUGUGGGAGGGUCAAUGAACUCCUCGACCAAUACAGAUGUCGAUAACAUGAAAGUAAACAUUUAAAUUCGGUGGAAGAAAUCUAACAUUAUUGAUUACGAAAGAUAACAUUGAAAUGACCUACACAUCCCUGAUGAAGAAGAGAGACAAUAAAGCUAGCAGUAGAAUAAAUAUGAACUAGGUGCAGCGAGUUGAUUAAGUAAAAGCCAGUACAGUCGAGUGAGGGCUCGCGAAGGUUCUAUGGAUAUUUCAUUACCGCCUGUCGUCUGCUGAAUGAUUGUAAUUUGUCUUCUGCUGCGCGCAUGUAUACCACGGACAAUCAAUAAUUUUAUUAGUUCUUGAACUGGAACAGCAGACCUUGGUAUCCAGCUACUUAAGUCAGUCAUUAAAUUAUACCGAACGGCGUUAUAUAUACCACGAUACAUUAUAAUGUUUGAUAGACAUACGUCACAUAUAUUUAAGAAAUUUGUUGGAUGUAUUAUUUCAGUGGGCAUUUUUGUUGUAUUGAUAGUGUAUGUUGUCGUGGUCAAGUGAUAAUUGUGACGAUUUGAAUGUACUUCCAAUGCGUGUAUUCAACUGAAUUAUCUCAUGUCAUUUUUUGUACAUUCUAUUAUUUAUUUUAUUUAUUGAUGACAAAUGAUAUUAAACUGUGAAUAAAAUGUCAAAAACCUG